AUGCCGCCCAAUGCCUCUGGCCAUGCUAAGAAGAAGCCUCCGUCCAUCUACGCCAUCGAACCCAUCAAAGCCUUCUACGUCUUUCUGGUCGCAAACCUGAUUGCGGCUCUUUUCGCCCCAAUUCAAGAUUGUGACGAGACCUUUAAUUAUUGGGAGCCGACGCACUACCUGUCCCAUGGAUACGGUUUACAGACAUGGGAAUACUCCCCUGAUUUCGCCAUACGAAGCUGGUUCUAUGUCGGUCUGCACGCCGUGGUGGGCAACUUCAGACGACUGCUGCCUCAUUCCACAAAAGUCAGCGAGUUCUACUUCAUUCGCUAUGUGCUGGCAUUUGUCUGUGCCCUUUGCCAGGUCCUCUUCUACCGGGUUAUCAGUUUCACCCUGAACUCGAGGAUCGGCUUGUUCUUCCUGAUUGCGACCGUCAUCACUCCUGGCAACUUUCACUCAGCCACCGCCUAUCUUCCGUCAAGCUUUGCCAUGUACAUGUCGCUUCUCGGUGCGGCUGCGUUCAUGAACUGGCGCGGAGGACUCAAGACAUCCUGGGGCAUUUGGUGGUUUGCCGUUGGUGGCAUAUUGGGAUGGCCGUUUGCUGCCGCUCUUUGCGCCCCAUUCCUGGUCGAGGAGGCCAUGUUCGCCCUUGUUAGCAGCAAGGAAGGCUUCUUUGAGGCAUCUCUACGAGUCGCUCGCGGCGUCAUUGCUGCGCUUCUCCUGGUGCUCGGCGACGCACUGAUCAACACUUUCUUCUACAAGAAAUGGGCAAUGGUGGCUUGGAAUAUCGUCAGGUACAAUAUAUUUUCCAAGUCUGGUGGCCCCAACCUCUAUGGCACGGAGCCUUGGACUUUCUACUUCCGCAAUCUCACUAUCAACUUUAAUGUGUGGUUUGUCUUGGCACUGCUCUCGCUGCCACUAUUUCUGGUCCAGAAGGUUUUGUCAACACGCCAGCAUGGCUUCCAGACUGGCAUGAGAACCAUCAUUUUCCUCUCUCCGUUCUACCUUUGGUUGGCAAUCUUCACGUCGCAGCCGCACAAGGAAGAGAGAUUUAUGUACCCUGCGUACCCGUUCCUGUGCUUCAACGCCGCCUUGGCGCUCCACAUCAUUUUGAACGCCUUCGGAAACUCGGAUCCGAAGACUUUGGCGGGAAAGAUACCUGCCAGGCUGAAGCUCCUUGUUGUUACUUCGGUCAUUUUCCUUUCCUUCGACAUUGGUGUUGCUCGCAUUUUUGGCUUGUACACCAGCUACUCGGCACCGCUCAAACUAUACUCUCCGCUUGGCGCUGGUGUCUCCGGCCAGCAGGGUCUUGGUGGUCGGGGAGAUAGUGUAUGUUUUGGAAAAGAGUGGUACCGGUUCCCCAGUUCUUACUUCCUUCCUCGAGAUAUGCACGCAAAAUUCAUCCGCUCAGAAUUCCGUGGACUUCUCCCCGGAGAAUUUUCUGAGGCCCGCACGGGCUUCGGUCUUUGGAGUGGUACUUGGCUACCUACUAACGGAAUGAAUGAUCUGAACGAGGAGGACAUGGGCAAAUACACCGAUAUCCGGCAGUGUUCCUUCCUGGUUGAUACACACUACCCUCUCAACGAAGAUCCCUUGCCGCCCAAUGAGCCUGACUACAUCGCCGACGCUGAGAACUGGGAAAUAGUGAAAUGUGUGCCGUUCUUGGAUGCCGCGAGGACACACCUGUUGGCAAGGGUUCUAUGGGUACCUGAAUCAAAGCUUGUGCCGCAGAAGUUCAGACGACAAUGGGGGGAGCACUGCCUACUUCGACGAAAGAAGUAG